GCAUAAAAGCUCGGCGAAUGCCUGUCUUCAACCCCACUCAUUCCAAAAUCCCAACAGUCACCACAACGCUUCAAGCUGCAUUUCCAAGCAUUUUUACUCCCUCCCCCAUCGCGAGAAUAAAAGGAAAGCAGACUUCACUAGGUUAUCGUUUCAAGCAAUCUUUCUCCCAAUACCAUAUUAUAUAAUGCACAGAGGUGUUAGGGUAAAAAGGUCAUUUGCAGUCGGCAUUUUGAUGUUGAACAAGCUGUCGCUGCAGUAGUCCUAGUGAAUGACUUUCAAGUCUUAUGAAACAAAGAGCACAAUUGAAAAGAAUAAAGAAACAACAAAAGGCAUAAGAAGCUUAGAAUCAAAGUUAUACAUACUUAGCAGAAAACAUUGAUAUCAGGCAUCCUUCAUGUGUUAAGUGACAUCUUCAUUAGAAAAAUGAUAUUCUCAAAAACUAAAUGCUUGCCUCUUUAUUGUGUCUAGACUCUAACAUCUGGCCAUGAAGGAAGAUUUCCUCACUAGUCAUGAGGCGGAAGAAAACAAAAUAUUCCGGCCCUUCUUGUUCUCUCUAUUUAAUCUUAACUCAGUUGGGAGGAAGGGAAGCAAUAUAUGCCUUGAAAGAUCAAAAUAUGCAUUAAUUUGCAAGUUGCUCUUCUACAUUGUCAUGGUGAUCUUGCAGAGUGUGGCAGCUAUUGUGUUUGGGGAUGGGCCAGAAACACAACUCUAUCCAUUGACAAAGAGAAGAUCAGAAGGAGCCAUACCUAUCGCAGCAAGUUAUAGACUGAUUGAUGCAGUUGUGAGCAACUGCAUUAGCAGCAAUAUACACAGGAUAUAUGCUCUGACACAAUUUAACUCGACUUCUCUUAAUUCCCACAUUUCCAGGGCUUAUUCUGGACUAGGUUUUGGAAAUGAGGGGUUUGUUGAAGUAAUUGCAGCAUAUCAAAGCUCUCAUAAUAAUGGAUGGUUUCAGGGAACUGCUGAUGCUGUUAGAAGAUGCCUAUGGGUGCUGGAAGAGUAUCCAAUGUCUGAGUUUUUGGUCCUUCCUGGUUACCAUCUCUACAAAAUGGACUACCAGGAACUCAUCAAGGCCCAUCGAAACAAUAAGGCAGACAUCACAGUUGCUAGGAGAAUUCAUGAUCCGGGUUUUGGCUUUUUAGAUGUGAAUUCUGAAAAUCAAGUUCUAGAGUUCAGAUUGAAGUUGGAGGGAGGGCUAAUUGAUAAUCAUUCAGCCAAAGGCUCAAGGAAAUCCAACGAUACUGCUCUAAGUAGCAUCACAAGUAUGGGAAUCUAUCUCAUCAACAGAGAUGCAUUGAAAAGGCUCCUAGAAGAACAUUUUCCCGAGGCAAAUGACUUUAGAACUGAAGUGAUUCCCGGUGCCAUAUCCAUUGGAAUGAAGAUUCAAGCUUAUGCAUUUCAUGGAUACUGGGAGGACAUGGGAAAUAUUGAAGCAUUAUACCAAGCAAAUAUGCAAAGUACAAAGAGUACAGACGUGGGAUAUAACUUUUGUGAUAAAGAAAGUCCAGUCCACACUUUGCGUCGUUGUCUGCCUCCAACUCUUAUAACUGAUUCUGUAAUAACAAAUAGUGUAGUUGGAGAUGGUUGCAUUCUUAAUGGUUGCAGGAUCAAAGGUACAGUAAUUGGUAUGAGGACAAGAAUCGGAAAUGGGUCAAUAAUCGAGGAUUCAGUGAUCAUGGGUUCAACUUUAUAUCAAGACAUCUAUUCACAGCCAAACGCAGAAGAUAGUGAAAACAGGAAAGGCACAGACAUUCCCAUCGGAAUUGGGGAAGAUACUCAAAUAAGGAAUGCAAGGAUUGGCAAGAAUGUAGUGAUCAUUAACAAAGACAAUGCCCAGGAAGGGGACAGAGAAACCGAUGGCUAUGUCAUUCGUCAGGAUAGUGCUGUAAUCCCAGAUGGCACCAUUCUCUGAGAAUUCUAAAACAGCUUCCCAUUCUUUUACCAAUAGUGACUUAGUGAGAUGAAAUAAAACUUCAUUCAUUAUUUCCUAUGCACAUUGACAUUAUUCAAACGUUGUUUUAUAUUUUUGUCCAUUUUAAUUUAUAAAUGAUAAUUGGAGUGUAAUUUUCACACUCUUUUCUUUC